CCUUGUCACUUGCAGACUCUGAACAGUAUUUGCACAUUCUGAGGUGGCUUUUGUUUGACACCUUUCAGUCUGGUUCCUCCUUGUGGGACCUCAAGAGCAGACUCAGACUCUACCCAUACCUGUGUUGCUGAACAAGAAGUCCAGAGUUCGUGAGAAGCUUCUAUAAUGGUCUGUUUGGCCUUCAUCAGAGCUGCCCAUGAGCACAUCUACCUGGUGAGGAAAGUCAGUCAUGUCUGCAGAUGUCAUCAACAUCGGGCUUGGGGCUCAAGGCCAGCUGCAUCGCAGUUUGCUGUCCAGGGUGCUCCAGGCCGUGUGCUGGAGCUGCUUGGUAAAUCCUACCCUCAAGAUGACCACACUAACCUCACCCAGAAAGUCCUUUCCAAGGUGGGCAGGAACCUGCACAAUCAGAAGUUCCACCCUCUGUGGCUGAUUAAGGAGCGGGUGAAGGAGCACUUCUACCAGCAGUACAUGGGGCGAUCCAGGACACCUCUGUUCUCCGUCUAUGACCAGCUUUCCCCAGUGGUCACCACCUGGCAGAACUUCGACAGCCUGCUAAUCCCAGCUGACCACCCCAGCAGGAAGAAGGGGGACAACUAUUACUUGAAUCGGGGACACAUGCUGAGAGCACACACAUCAGCACAUCAGUGGGAUUUGCUGCAUGCGGGGCUCAAUGCCUUCCUCGUGGUAGGUGAUGUGUAUCGGCGUGACCAGAUUGAUUCCCAGCACUACCCAGUUUUCCACCAGCUGGAGGGCGUCCGACUCUUCUCCAAGCAUGAGUUAUUUGCUGGUGUAAAGGAUGGAGAAAGCUUGCAGCUCUUUGAAGAAAGUUCUCGCUCUGCUCAUAAGCAAGAGACACACACCAUGGAAGCUGUGAAGCUUGUGGAAUUUGACCUUAAACAAGUACUCACUAGGCUUGUGACACAUCUUUUUGGAGAUGGGCUGGAGGUCCGGUGGGUGGACUGCUACUUUCCCUUUACCCACCCUUCCUUCGAGAUGGAGAUCAACUUCCGUGGAGAAUGGCUUGAAGUCCUCGGCUGCGGGGUGAUGGAACAACAGCUUGUCAAUUCAGCUGGUGCUCAGGAUCGGAUCGGCUGGGCUUUUGGCCUGGGAUUAGAGAGACUGGCUAUGGUCCUCUACGACAUCCCGGACAUCCGCCUUUUCUGGAGUGAGGAUGAGCGCUUCCUGAAGCAGUUCCGCCUGUCAGACAUCAAUCAGAGCGUCAAGUUUCAGAGAUGGUUCUUCCAAGAAGAAAGGGCCACAGGAAUACAAAGGAAGAUGGGAAAACAGCUCUGUCCUCUUAGCAAGUACCCCGCUGUGUUCAAUGACAUUUCAUUCUGGCUGCCCUCCGAGAACUACACGGAGAAUGAUUUCUAUGACAUUGUCCGAACAGUCGGAGGAGACCUGGUGGAAAAGGUUGAUCUUAUAGACAAGUUUGAACAUCCAAAGACACACAGGACCAGCCAUUGCUACCGCAUUACCUACCGCCACAUGGAACGGACACUGUCCCAGAGAGAAGUCAGCAGUGUCCACCAGGCUGUGCAGGAGGCCGCUGUGCAGCUACUGGGUGUGGAAGGCCGUUUUUGAUAUCAUGCAUUACACAGGCUGCAGCCCUCACGGAGCUCCAGGACUCGCCAGAAAGGGGAAACACAUUGUUUGUGAACUGGAGUGUCUGUCCUCGUUUGAUAAAUGGGUCUGCUUUAGGACUUUCAGGAAAUAAAGGAUCACUUUUUAGAAGCA